GUCACCCACGCCGUUAAGCCCCGCCCUCCCCGGCCUGCGCAUGGCGGCUUUCCUCCGGCUCCCGCUUCGAGGUCGGCUGGCGGCGGCCGGCCUGAGUCGCGGCUACCGGAGGCCGGGUGCUCCAGUGGACAAGCAGCCGCCCUGGGACUGGCGGCAGGGCGUGGAGUCGGUGCGGCGGCAAUGGAGCCUGACGUGGGAGGAGAUGGCGGCGAGAGUGCGGGGCCCCGACGGCCGCUCCCUCCGUCAGGAGCUGCUGGAACAGAAUCGCGUCCUCUGGCAGUUCCGCGGCGCUCACAGCCUGCGGUACUGGGUUGUGUCCAGCGACCGGGAAAUCGGCGGCCGCAGCAGCGUGCGGCUCGGUGUCGGCAGCAACGGCUGUUCGGCCUUGGUGUCCGGACACCUGAGCACCCAGCCGCCCCGGGACGGUGAGACCCGCUACAGCGGCUACUGCACCCUGAGGUCCAAGCCGCUCAAGGGACCCUUUGACACGAAGAAGUACUAUGACCUGUCGAACUUCAACACACUGCACCUCCGUGUGAGGGGAGACGGCAGGCCCUGGAUGGUGAACGUCCGCAGUGGCAUGUACUACGCUCAUCACAAGAAUGACCUCUACAACUAUUUUAUGUUCACUCGAGGAGGUCCCUACUGGCAGGACGUGAAGAUUCCGUUCUCCAAAUUCUUUCUGUCCAGUCAAGGGCGUAUCCAGGACAAGCAGCACCCAUUAUGGCUGGAUAAGAUCAGCACCAUUGGCUUCACGUUGGGCGAUAAAGUGGAUGGGCCGUUUCAGCUUGAAAUUGAUUUCAUUGCUGUGUACAAUGACCGAGCUCACACUGAGGAGUUUGCCUAUGAGAGGUACAAGAGGAAUCCUGAGGUGUAACGGGGGUGGAGUAUGGAGAGGAGUACCUCCACAUGGUUCUAUUUGAUAGACUAACUGCUGAGCCCCUUUGAGAGCUCCACAUCCACAGAGGGCAAUAAAACUUACCCAGCCUUGGAGGAGCUAAAGUGUACAAAGAACUUGUAAUAAAGUUUAUUUUUUCUAA